AUGUGGGCAAUUGGCAAGUUGGUUGGAGAUCGGAAGUGGGAUGUCGGCGCAUAUGCAUCAGAGUUACGCCCCCGUGCGCAGUGCGGAUUGUGUAAUCGCGCCAGCUUGAACGGGCAACACAUUCUGGGAAUCUGGUCCAACCACAAGUUGUCUGGUCUGGAAACAGUCGUCAUCGAGUCCUGCAGUCAGACCGACCCCCCAAGGCCAAGCAUCCCUCCAUCAAUCGAAGCGAUCGAAAGUUUCCUACUAACCACUAAAGAACGACAGUCCUUCGACAGAGUAUUCUCGAUCAAUCGUCAUCCUAUGGUUAACUGUUUGUCUUCCCAUAGGUCUUCCGUUGAGCUUAUCAACCCUAAGGCUGAGACUAUCAGAAGGGCUCAAGCUUUGCAAGUUAAUAUUACUGGUGCUAUUGGAUUGGCGAAUGUAGUCCGAUCGAAUUUAGGUCCCAGAGGCACCCUGAAGAUGUUGGUCGAUGGCGCGGGAAAUAUCAAAAUGACUAAGGAUGGUAAAGUGCUGCUGUCCGAAAUGCAAAUUCAGAAUCCGACUGCAGCAAUGAUCGCCCGAACUGCAACCGCCCAAGAUGAAACCACUGGUGAUGGUACGACAUCUUGUAUACUACUCGUAGGCGAAACUUUAAAACAAGCCGAGCGAUACAUCAGUGAAGGACUUCAUCCAAGAGUAAUCGCAGAGGGACUCGAAGUCGCAAAAGCUGAAAGUCUCAAGUUUCUUGACGAAUUCAAGCAAAGCAUUCCCUCCGGCCCUGAUAAUUCUAUACUGCACUCAAUUGCUCGUACUGCGCUAUCCACCAAACUGAAUGCCAAGCUAGCCAACAAGCUAUCUGCUGAUGUGGUUGAUGCCGUCCUGGCGAUCCGUCAAGAGUCAGAACCGAUCGAUUUGCACAUGAUCGAAAUUAUGAAAAUGCAACAUCGCACUGAAAAUGAUAGUCGAUUGGUCCGCGGUAUCGUCCUUGAUCACGGAGCUCGACACCCAGACAUGCCCAGACGAGUGGAAAACGCAUUCAUCCUGACUCUCAACGUCAGUCUGGAGUAUGAAAAAACGGAAGUAAACUCAGGCUUUUUCUAUUCCUCCGCCGAACAACGAGAAAAACUAGUGGAGUCUGAACGAAAGUUCAUUGACAAUCGGGUCAAGAAAAUCAUUGAAUUGAAGCGAAGAGUCUGUGACACGGAAAUUAAUCUGGAGGCCCUAGCAAAUGGUGAACAACCAAAGGAGAAGCCAAAAGGCUUCGUCAUUUUGAACCAAAAAGGAAUCGACCCUCUCAGCUUAGAUAUGUUAGCUAAGAGUGGAAUUCUCGCUUUGAGGCGAGCCAAACGAAGAAACAUGGAAAGAUUACAGCUAGCUUGUGGAGGCGUAUCCCAAAAUUCGGUUGACGACUUGGACGCGAGUGUCCUUGGUUACGCUGGAUUGGUCUAUGAGCAUACUCUUGGAGAGGAAAAGUUCACAUUUGUGGAGGAAGUUCGGGAGCCGAAAUCAGUCACUUUGUUGAUUAAGGGACCAAAUGCCCACACCAUCACUCAAAUUCACGAUGGGUUGCGAGAUGGUUUGAGGGCUGUCAAGAACGCGAUUGAGGACGGAGCAGUUGUCCCCGGAGCUGGAGCAUUCGAACUAGCUUGCUCGCGACACCUAUCCCAAACAGUCAAAUCACAAGCCAAGGGACGAGCAAAGUUGGGAAUUCAAACCUUCGCAGACGCCUUAUUGGUCAUCCCCAAGACGCUGGCAGCCAACGCUGGCUUGGAUGUUCAGGAAGUCCUUAGUGGCUUGGUGGAUGCGCUUGACGAAGGUGGCGUCCAAACCGCUGGCGUGGAUCUUUCCACAGGCAAUCCAAUUGAUCCUAUCCUGGAAGGCAUUUGGGAUAACUAUCGUGUCAAACGCCAAUUGUUGCAUAGUUGUUCGGUGAUUGCUAUGAACUUGUUGGUCACUGAUGAAAUUAUGAGAGCAGGUCGAUCGAGUUUGAAGGAAGGACCUCAACAUUAA